AUGUCUGAUCAAGGCGUCAAGCCAGACGACCAUGUCGCCUCGGCCAAGAUGAGCGUCGACUCGCACCCCGAGUCGCGAGUAGCAGCCGCCCAAGCCAUGGACUCGCAGCACCGCCAGGCCGUCGAGAAGAGCAUGAAGCGCAAGCUCGACACGCGGUGCGCCCUCUUCGUGCUCAUCUACAUCAUGAACUACCUCGACCGCAACAACAUGGCCGCCGCCCGCCUCAAAGGCCUCCAGGAGGACCUCAAUCUCAGCUACAACCAGUACGCCACCUGCCUGAGCAUCCUCUACGUCGGCUACAUCCUCAUGCAGGUGCCCUCCAACAUGUUGAUCAACCGCAUCCAGCGGCCCUCGCUGUACAUCUCGGCCGCCAUGCUCCUCUGGGGCCUCAUCUCGACGCUGUCCGGCAGCGUGCACAACUUUGCCGGCAUGGUCUGCAUCCGAUUCUUCCUGGGCUUCAUCGAGGCUGCUUUCCUGCCCGGUGCGCUCCUCAUUCUGUCAAAGUGGUACACGCGCCGGGAGUUGACCAAGCGAAACGCCAUUCUGUUCUGCGGCAACCUCAUCUCCAACGCCUUCUCCGCGCUUGUCGGCGCGGGCGUGCUGUCCAACAUGCAGGGUGUUCUCGGGCACGCGGCCUGGCGAUGGCUGUUCUGGAUCGAGGGCGCCAUCACCAUGGGAAUUGCCAUCUCGGCCGCCUUCAUCCUCCCCGACCUGCCUCACAACUCGCGGGGCUUCACCGAGGAGGAGCGACAGGUUGCGCAGCUGCGCAUGAUCGAGGAUGUCGGAGAGGCAGAUGAGGAUUCUGCAGAGGAGGGCGUCUUUUACGGUCUCAAGCUCGCGGUCAAGGACGUCAAGAUCUACAUCAUGAUGCUCACCUUUACUGCCUACGUCGUUGGCCUUUCGUUCAACGCUUUCUUCUUCUGGCACAUUGUCGGACCAAUUGGCGUUGGAACAGUCGGCUUCAUCAUCAGCAUGGCCACCGAGGCUGUCGCAGCGCGAUACCUAGCGCUCUUCCUUCAAGCGUCGUCGUACGCGGGCUUCAUCGUCUUCUACUCAUGGAUCAGCUCAUCGUUCCCUCGCCCACCGGCCAAGCGCGCCGUAGCCAUCGCCAUGAUCAACGCCUUCAGCCAGCUGGGCAACGUCGCAGGCUCCUACGUGUGGAACCUCAAGGACAACGGAUACCGCAAGAGCUACGGAAUUGUGCUGUCCAUGUUCGGCGUGACGGUGGCUGGGUGUUAUAUCUUCCGCAUGGUGCUGAUCGACCUCAACAAGAAGCUGGAAUCGGGCGAGGCGGAUGCGUGGGAGACGCGCCAGGAUGUGGCUGCGCACACUGCAGCGGCCGAGGUCAUGGACAACCCGGACGAGGCUUUGAGGAUGAAGCGGGAUUUCCGCUACCUUAUUUAA